AUGGCGGGCGAGGAUUACUACAAGCUGCUAGGGGUGGACAGAAGUGCAAAUGAGUCGGAAAUCAAGAAGGCGUUCUACAAGGCGGCGAAGCGGUAUCACCCUGACGCGAACAAGGACGAUCCCGACGCACAGAAGAAGUUCACGGAGAUCAAGAAGGCGUACGAGACCCUGCGGGAUCCAGAAAAGCGCCGGGUGUACGACCAGCUGGGCGCGGAGGGCGCCGAGAGGAUGGAGCAGGGGGGUGGGCCGGGGGGAGAUCCGUUCGGGGGCGCGGGCGGGCCGUUCGGGGGACCGUUCGGCGGGUUCGGGGGCUUCGGGGGGCCCUUCGGCGGGCCAGGGGGCGGAUUCAGGGACAUGGACGAUAUUCUGAACCAGUUCUUCGGGCAGCAGUUCGGCGGCGCGGCCAGGCGGUCGUCGCGGCUGGACAUGCGCCUCGGGCUGCGCUUGUCGUUCCUGGAGGCGUGCAACGGGUGCGACAAGACGCUCGAGGUGGGCGGGCGGUCGCUGCGCGUGCAGAUCCCGCCGGGCGUCGAGGCCGGGCAGCGGCUGAUGAUGGAGGGCCACGGGCGGGAGGAUCCGGCGAGCGGCGCGCGGGGUCACCUGUUUCUGGAGGUCAUGGUGGAGCCGCAUCCGGUGCUGCGGCGGGAGGGGAGCGACAUCAUCGCGGACGUCACGGUGAGCGUCGCGACGGCGGCGCUGGGCGGGCAGGUCACGGUGCCGACCAUCGAUGGCGACGUGGUUGUGCGCAUCAACCCCGGGACGCAGCCAGGACAGCGCCUGGUCCUGCGCGGCAAGGGCCUGCGCAUGCCGAUGCGCGGCCGCGCGGACCAGUACGUCGACGUGGACGUGUCGGUGCCCAAGCGCCUCACUGCGCGCCAGAAGGAGCUCUUCGAGGAACUGCGCGCCGAACUUGAAAAGAACAGCUGA